UUAAAAAAAUAUAAUAAACAUACAAAAAGACACCGGAAGCUUCGUCAAUUAGUUCGUCUCUGCUUUGGCGUCUGUUACAUCUGGUAUCAACAACAAGCCUCUGUAUGCAUUAGUAGAAAAUUAGCAACAUUUGCUGGCAGGUGACUUCCGUACCGGUAUUGAGCUCGUGCAAUGAGGCGGUGUACUGGUAUACCGUAAGCUGCCGAGAAAAAGGGUUCCCGGCUAGGUUUUCGUCAGCACGCUCCUCAAAGCUGUCUUGACAACCUUCGAGACCACUCAUUUUUUCCGUCUUCGUUCUUCAUUAUUUCUUGUCGAGCAACCAUGAGAGAAAAGCGAUCCUCCAAGCGCCGUGAAGGCACCGUGAAAAGCAGCAAAGGCAGCAAGAAACCUCGUACUUCGUCUCAAACCGAUGGCAGCUACAAACAGCAGAAUACCCUCUUGAUUAGUCUUCCUGAAGAUGUCGAAACUUGGUUCCAAUACGAAAGCUCUUUACGAAGCAGCAAUCCAGGCCCCGAAUCGGGUAAACAGCUGAAACCUCCAACCGAGGAACAAUUGAGUUCGUUUCGUAGGGUUGCUGAUGACAUCUACCGUCGAGAAAUCCAGCUGUACGUCGAAGGCGGGAACAAUAAGCAAGAGCCCUGGAUCGAUUCGACCAUCCGAAAAGGAACCCUGAAGGAUCGAAUCGCAGCAAUGAGCCUGUCGCUAAGCCAAAACCCAGUACAUAGCUUUCACACAAUCGAUGGUCUGUUGCAAAUGGCAUGUGGGACACAACAAGCUGGAGGACUGCCAAACUCAAGGGUAGCACAACUGGCUGCAGAAGCCUUGGAAGAUUUGUUCGCCAAGACGUUUCUCCCUCCAAACCGAAAGCUGGAAUCGCUCCGCGAAAGGUUGCCCCCAUUUCUAGUAGGAUCGGGCCAAAAACAAAUUAGUGACCAAAACAAUCUUCCAAACAAUUUGUCGCCGAGGCUGCUUUUGCUGUGGAGAUUUGAAGAAAUGGUGAAAGAAAAGUUUCAAAUGUUUCUGAAGAACUAUCUAACAAAGACGCUGCAGGAAGGUCUAGAAACCAGCAAAAUCAGUGCUCUACGCACCGCAUCCAACCUACUUCGAUCCGUUCCAGAAGGCGAAGCCAUGAUUCUCUCCUUACUGGUCAACAAAUUGGGUGAUCCCAACAAAAAACUGGCUGCUGCAGCCAACAACCAACUCAAGACGGUUUUGGAGGAACAUCCCAACAUGCAGGUAGUGAUUGCUCGUGAAGUACAGCAGCUAGCUCAUCGGCCACACCUGUCACAGAGCGCACUAUACAAUUGCAUCACAUUUCUCAACCAAAUGAAACUGGAAAAAGCUUCACGUGAAAACAGUGAAAGAGCCUCAUUGCCAGCUAAUUUGAUAACAACAUACUUCAAGUUUUUCAAGAUUGCAAUCGGAAGCAACAAGGAAGAAAAAACUUGGGGCGAAACCGGGUCGAAGAGCAGACUCCUCGCUGCUUUGCUUUCGGGGGUGAGUCGAGCACAGCCAUACCUGUCAGAAAAAGACAAGGUCAUUGAUGAACACAUUGAUGAGUUGUAUCGCGUCGUGCAUCAUGCACCUCCAACAGCAUCAACCCAGGCCCUUGCUUUAUUGUUCCAGGUUACAGUAGGAUCUUCAAACGCGUCUGUGCAAUCCAAGGAGCAUCAAGCAUCCUGCGAUCGCUAUUACAGGGCGUUGUAUGCGGCCCUCUCCGGAACUGGAAUGGUCAGCGCAGGAAGACACAGUACCAUCUUCUUCAACAUUCUUUACAAGUCUCUUAAACACGACAAGAAUCAAAGGAGAAUCUUGGCUAUGACGAAACGGCUCUUGUCCACUACGAUGCAUUGCAACCCACCGUCUCUGGCCGCCAGUAUCUUUGUUGUCAAUGAUGUGGCUUCUCAUAAUCCAGGUAUGGAGGCAUAUUUUGAAGAUGAACCAUCCACAGACGGAGGCAAGCUGGUGCUCCAACCGACAAUCCGCGAUCCUCAAUCGGCUCUGUCGCCACGAGGGACAGCAGGCGAAGAAGUUAGCACCAGCAAACCGUCGUCCUGGGAGCUGUCACUUGCUUCCCAUCACUAUCAUCCUUCGGCAUCAAAGUUUGCAGGCUCCGCUGGCAGCAUCACUUACGACGGCAACCCGUUACAAGACUUCAACAUGGCUUCUUUUCUGGACAAGUUUGCGUACAGGAACCCCAAGAAAGUCAAGGAGCAGAAGAAUGGCUUCAGCAAUGCCGUGGUUCGUUUCUCGCGACCCUUUAAGGAUCAGAAGUACGUGGAGCAACAAACCAUGGGAGACGAGGGUCUAUUCUUUCGAAAAUUCUUUGACGAACGGGAAAAGAGAACGGCUGAGAAGCCAGUCAAACAGAAGAAAUUGGUUUCAGGUUUGGAUAACGCCGAUAUUGAUUAUGAUGAAGUGUUUGAUCAAUGGGAGUCAGACCCGGAAGAGGAGGCUUUCUACGAGAUGGCUGCACAGAAGAUGCUUGAAAAUACGGCCGGCGCUGGCCCUGUAGACGUUGAUGAUGAUGAUGACUUUGCUGGUGCGUACGACUGGGACAGUGAUGAUGACGAUGGCGGUGGUGGUGUCGACGACGAGGACAAGUUGAACCUGGAGGGUGGCAGCGACAGCGAUGAAGAUGCCAGCGAGUGAAAAAUUCAACAGGAAGGUCCAAGUUCGAAUAUUUCUCGGGGAGGAAAGAAGGCGUGAACAGGCUGAAAUCUGCUCGCAAGGACAGCUUUGUAGUUGAGGAUCUCGCUAUCAGUGUCCAUGCACUCUAGCUAGAAUAUCACGGCAAUAGUACCGUUUUAGAUACAAUUUCAAUAUUGCG